UCGGGUGGUUUCAAUUAUGGGAGAACAUUCUCACUGCUGUCGAUGCUGUUGCCGGACCUAAAAAAAAUCGGUGUCACGUAACAGCGAACGAGAAUCGAAUGACCGUCCUUAAGCUGUGGCUCUGAGGAAUAAUUCAUAGCUGAUCAGUAUUUGAUGAUGUCUGUACAAUUGGUUUCAGAAAGCCCUGGCCGAGACCUCUGACUUGGUCGUAUCUUCGAACUUCACAAGCGACAACCCCUAUUACUAUCAAUAGCCCUUCUUUCAUCUCAUAUAUCCGUCCUAGGGGAGAGCAUCGUGGACCACAUCAGAUCAUCAAAUAGAUGACCUAGACAACGGUAGGUGAUCAGUUACGCUGUCCCUCCAGCCUACUCUGAACACAAACCGGCACUCGCCGAGGAAUCAAAGGGUCUCCAUGAUGGCGGACUGUCCUUUCGUCAAUCUUUGCCCGAUGAAUCAGCCUGUAAUGGCCACUCAGUCUGUUGUUCCAAAUCGCAGGAUAUUUCACCAAGAUGCUUCUAUCAUUCUCGUUGGGUGUCGCGGCGCAGGGAAACGCACCCUGGGGUUUAUUGGCGCUACCUAUUUGCGUCGCCGCCUUCUCACCGAGGAUCACUAUUUCGAACAAGCCACCGGUUGCAACCGGGCCAAGUUUAUUGAGAAUUACGGCAGGCAAGCCUUCAUUGACCAGCUGGCGUUGGUCUCGGCUCAGGUACUGCAGUCGAACCGCUCCAACUGUGUGAUCGAAUGUGGAAUGGGAACCUUGAGUCGAGAGAUACAGGAGCUUCUCCUUCAGUUGUCGCAAACCAACCCGGUCAUCUAUGUCCACCGAGAUAAAGAGGACAUAUACAAGCUUCUGAGGUUGUCUGUUACUGACGCCGAACGGCUGUUCUUGGCAGACCAGAAACACCGCGAUUGCGCCAAUCUGGAAUACUACAAUCUGUUCGAUCCAAGUGGCGAGGGUAUUACUGCCCCAGAGAACAAUGUGAGAUCAGUUUCGAGAACCUCGGCGAGGUUACUACAGGUUAAGGAGGACUUCACCAAGUUCCUUGACCUGAUAUCUGGGCAAGGCCUUUUGCGACACUGGGUCGAGAACCCCUUCGCAAUUAAUGCAAUACCUCCCGAGUACAGGGCACACUCCUAUAUACUGCGGCUGCGACUUUCGGACCUCCUUGGUCAAGAAAUUGAUUUGACCGAGCUUCAGCCAGGAGGGGAUGCAGUGGAGCUUAUCAUUGACACCUGGCCAGCCAAUAUCAUGGACAACAUAGCCGCACAGGUUGCCCUCAUUCGCCGCAAGCUAGACUUGCCAGUCAUUUAUCAUGUAGAGGAGACCUCGCGGGACGGACACCAGCGUCCACAGGACGAAAGAGAUGCGAUGGAUACACAGCUGUUACUCCACGGCCUCCGGCUAGGGGUUGAAUAUCUCAGUGUCGAUCUGCGGAGAAGCGAUAAGUUGGUAAAUCGUGUUCUCGAGAUGCGUGGCAGAACCAAAGUGAUUGCCAAUUUCACCAUGAGAGGAAUUGGCGCUCCUCAGUGGUCAGAUGCCGUCUAUUUGGACCAUUACCAGCGUGCUCAAGCUCUUGGCUGCAGCAUUGUCCGCUUCGCGAGAUUCUGCGCCCACGACAGGAACGACGAGCUUCGGCAGGUCCUUUUGGAUAGAGUCAACGCAUUACCGGAUCCAAAACCUCACCUCGUUGCCUACGAGUUCUCUAUUCUUGGCUUGUUAAAUGGGCAGCCUAACGAACGGGGCCAGAAGACGCCAUUUCAAAGCCUAACAUUCAAUCCGAUUGGCCACGACUCGCUUGAACCUCUUACUCGGGAUCUUAUCGCUGGUGUGAACACAGUCCGGGGAGCUCUGCGCCUCAUGUUUCGCCACGGAUACCUUGAAACUCUCAAAUUCUAUACCCUAGGUCAAAAGGUGUACUACUCGGCAAGCCCCGCAAUGCACCGAGCCGCAUACGACUUGCUCAUGAUGCCUCAUUCGUUCGAUGCCAGACAAUGCACCGAUCUUGACGAAUUAGACUGGAUCCGAUGCGAGCCAAACUUCGGAGGUGCUUCUCUGACAGCACCGUUCAAGGUGGCCAUGAUGCCGCGAAUCGAUCAUCUCAGUGCACAUGCUACUGCCAUUGGGGCGGUAAAUACUCUCCUGCCACUCCGCGGACAAACUUCAUCGAUACUUGACCAUGCCAAUACUCGCAAUAGAGCAGGUGCAACAAGGAAAUGCUACGGCGACAACACGGACUGGAGCUCUAUCAUGACAUGUUUGCGUAGAGCUAUCAGUCCGAGAAAUGCGGUCCAGCCCUCACGAACAACCGGCCUUGUGAUCGGGGCCGGAGGAAUGGCUCGUGCAGCCAUCUAUGCCCUGAUCAAGCUCGGCUGCCGGAAGAUCUUCAUCCACAAUCGAACAAAGGCGAAUGCUGAAAAGGUUGCCGAGCACUUCAACAAAUGGGCUCAGGGGCAGGGACUUGUGGGCACCCAAAUAUGCCAUGUGCUUGGCUCAUCAAAUCAGCCAUGGCCUGAAGGGUACCAACAGCCGACUAUGAUCAUAUCUUGUAUUGCAACUGCGGUUGAUUUUGAUGGAAACUAUGUCGAGUAUCAAAUACCCGAGCAAUGGUUGAAAAGCCCCACGGGAGGAGUGGUAGUCGAGUUGGCUUAUGAGCCUUUGAUCACCUCAUUGAUCACACAAAUGCGGCACAUCCGCGAAUCCGGCGCUACGUCGUGGGUCAUUGUUGAUGGCUUAGAGGUGGUGUGUGAAAUGGCCAUAGAAGCCUUUGAACUAAUGACGGGCGUAAAAGCGCCCAAGAAGUUGAUGCGAAAGGUAUGCAAUGAGACGUGGGAGAAUAACUUCUCCCCGUUUGAGCCUCGUCGAUAGGGACAACUCGGUCCUUGGGGGCAUGGUAUUGACACUCUUGGGCUACUUGCUCUCGAUUCUGUAUACCCUGGGGAAUUACCGCGAUAAAGGUAAGGUAUGCAAAUGCCUGACCCAUUAGUGCAACAAUGGCAUACCUGCCAGCUCUAGAUGUCAGCACUUCGGGGGAUCAUUUUGCCCUGGCUGAUACUAGAUCCGUGACAAAAUGGAUUACCAAUCACAGUGCGUUACCUGAAAGAUUGAUAGGUACUGUGAACUAAUUAGACUAGGAAUUUGAUAGGAUUUGGUAGGAUUGGGUGGAAUUCAAAGAGGCUUUGCCGACCAACGAGAACUACAUGCUGCAAUGAAAAUAGGGGCGUGACAGGAUAAACGGCACACCGAGGGUAGAAUAAUAUCGAAUAGCCAAAUAUUCCGGUAUAUUUAUUAGAAAUAUCGAAGUGAUUCCAAC